CCCACCCUACCCCACCCCUGGCGGCCUCAGGUUUUGUGGGGUUUAGGUAAUUCGGGCGGGGUGGGGGAGGGGGCGUGUUGAAGGUGGCAGGCCUCCACUGGUCCACCCCCUACGUGGUGUGGCAGGUAGUUCGGGAAGCUGGGACACCGUCGUCUUCCCGUCCCCGGGGAAAGUUGGUGGAGUUUUCCCUGCAGGGGAAUCGGCGCAGAAACUUCUUCCGUCCCCCUCCCCCAACUCCAUGCAGGCGACGCUGAGUUAGGCUGAGGCCGGGGGCGAAUCGCCGAAGAGCUGCGAGUCGGCAGCGCAGUCUGAUUGGACAGCGGGGAAGCCUGUCAGCCUACUGGCCCCGCUGAUCCCGCCCUAUAGCGCAGGGCAGCCUUUAACCCUUGGCCCCAGUGGGCGCCAGCCACUCAGAUCGCUUCUUGUUGGUAUGUGUAGCGGCAGUGGCCGCCGGCGGAGCAGUCUGAGCCCGACGAUGAGGCCGGGGACGGGAGCCGAGCGUGGAGGCCUCAUGGUGAGUGAAAUGGAGAACCAUCCUCCCUCGCGGGGUCUCGGGGACGGGGAGCGGAGAUUGUCCGGCUCAAGCCUCUGCUCCAGCUCUUGGGUCUCUGCUGACGGCUUCCUGAGGAGACGGCCCUCGAUGGGGCACCCUGGCAUGCAUUAUGCCCCAAUGGGAAUGCAUCCUAUGGGUCAGAGAGCGAAUAUGCCUCCUGUACCUCAUGGAAUGAUGCCACAAAUGAUGCCCCCAAUGGGAGGACCACCAAUGGGACAAAUGCCUGGAAUGAUGUCUUCAGUAAUGCCUGGAAUGAUGAUGUCUCAUAUGUCUCAGGCUUCCAUGCAGCCUGCCUUACCGCCAGGAGUAAAUAAUAUGGAUGUAGCAGCAGGUACAACUUCUGGCGCAAAAUCAAUGUGGACUGAACAUAAAUCACCUGAUGGAAGGACCUACUACUACAAUACUGAAACAAAACAGUCUACUUGGGAGAAACCAGAUGAUCUCAAAACUCCUGCUGAGCAACUUUUAUCUAAAUGCCCUUGGAAGGAGUACAAGUCUGACUCUGGAAAGCCUUAUUAUUACAAUUCUCAAACAAAAGAAUCUCGCUGGGCCAAACCUAAAGAACUUGAAGAUCUUGAAGGAUACCAGAAUACCAUUGUUGCUGGAAGUCUUAUUACAAAAUCAAACCUGCAUGCAAUGAUCAAAGCUGAAGAAAGCAGUAAACAAGAAGAGUGCACCACCACAUCAGCAGCCCCAGUUCCUACCACAGAAAUCCCAACCACAAUGAGCACCAUGGCUGCUGCAGAAGCAGCAGCUGCUGUUGUUGCCGCGGCAGCCGCAGCCGCAGCAGCUGCUGCCGCAGCCAACGCCAGUGCUUCCACCUCUGCCUCUAGUACUGUCAGUGGGACUGUUCCAGUUGUUCCUGAGCCUGAGGUUACUUCGAUUGUUGCUACUGUUGUAGAUAAUGAAAAUACAGUAACAAUUUCUACUGAAGAACAAGCACAACUUACUAGUACCCCUUCUGUUCAGGAUCAAAGUGAAGUGUCUAGUAAUACUGGAGAAGAAACAUCUAAGCAGGAAACUGUAGCUGAUUUUACUCCCAAAAAAGAAGAGGAAGAAAGCCAGCCAGCAAAAAAAACAUAUACUUGGAAUACAAAAGAAGAGGCAAAACAAGCAUUUAAAGAAUUAUUAAAAGAAAAGCGUGUACCAUCAAAUGCUUCAUGGGAGCAAGCUAUGAAAAUGAUCAUUAAUGAUCCACGAUAUAGUGCUUUAGCAAAGUUGAGUGAAAAAAAGCAGGCCUUUAAUGCUUAUAAAGUCCAAACAGAGAAAGAAGAAAAAGAAGAAGCAAGAUCCAAAUACAAAGAGGCUAAGGAAUCCUUUCAGCGUUUUCUUGAAAAUCAUGAGAAAAUGACUUCCACAACUAGAUACAAAAAAGCAGAGCAAAUGUUUGGAGAGAUGGAAGUCUGGAAUGCAAUAUCAGAACGUGAUCGUCUUGAAAUCUAUGAAGAUGUUUUAUUCUUUCUUUCAAAAAAAGAAAAGGAGCAAGCAAAGCAGUUGCGAAAGAGAAAUUGGGAAGCCUUAAAAAACAUACUUGACAACAUGGCUAAUGUGACAUAUUCUACUACUUGGUCUGAAGCCCAGCAGUAUCUGAUGGAUAAUCCAACUUUUGCAGAAGAUGAGGAAUUACAGAAUAUGGAUAAAGAAGAUGCAUUAAUUUGUUUUGAGGAACACAUUCGGGCUUUAGAAAAGGAAGAAGAAGAAGAAAAACAAAAGAGUUUGCUUCGUGAAAGGAGACGACAGCGUAAAAAUAGAGAAUCUUUUCAGAUAUUUUUAGAUGAACUGCAUGAACAUGGACAACUGCAUUCUAUGUCAUCUUGGAUGGAAUUGUAUCCAACAAUUAGUUCUGACAUUAGAUUCACUAAUAUGCUUGGUCAACCGGUUUUUUCAUUAGGAUCAACUGCACUUGACCUUUUCAAGUUUUAUGUUGAGGAUCUUAAAGCACGUUAUCAUGAUGAAAAGAAGAUAAUAAAAGACAUUCUGAAGGAUAAAGGAUUUGUAGUUGAAGUAAAUACUACUUUUGAAGACUUUGUGGCAAUAAUCAGUUCAACUAAAAGAUCAACCACAUUAGAUGCAGGAAAUAUUAAGCUGGCUUUCAAUAGUUUACUAGAAAAGGCAGAAGCCCGUGAACGUGAAAGAGAAAAAGAGGAGGCUCGGAAGAUGAAACGAAAAGAAUCUGCAUUUAAGAGUAUGUUGAAACAAGCUACUCCUCCAAUAGAAUUGGAUGCUGUCUGGGAAGAUAUCCGGGAGAGAUUUGUAAAAGAGCCAGCAUUUGAGGAUAUAACUCUAGAAUCUGAAAGAAAACGAAUAUUUAAAGAUUUUAUGCAUGUGCUUGAGCAUGAAUGUCAACAUCAUCAUUCAAAGAACAAGAAGCAUUCUAAGAAAUCUAAAAAACAUCACAGGAAGCGCUCCCGCUCUCGAUCAGGGUCAGAUUCAGAUGAUGAUGACAGCCAUUCAAAGAAAAAAAGACAGCGAUCAGAGUCUCGUUCUGCUUCAGAACAUUCUUCUAGUGCUGAAUCUGAGAGAAGUUAUAAGAAAUCAAAAAAACAUAAGAAGAAAAGCAAGAAGAGAAGACAUAAAUCAGACUCUCCAGAGUCAGAUGCUGAAAGAGAAAAGGAUAAAAAAGAAAAAGACCGGGAAGGAGAAAAAGACAGAACUAGACAAAGAUCAGAAUCAAAACACAAAUCACCUAAGAAAAAGACUGGAAAGGAUUCUGGUAAUUGGGAUACUUCUGGCAGUGAACUGAGUGAAGGGGAAUUGGAAAAGCGCAGAAGGACCCUUUUGGAGCAACUGGAUGAUGAUCAAUAAAUUAUACCAAAUAUGUUUACAGUAUGAUUUAAAGUCUAAUUCAGACCAGGGACUCUAUUUUAAGUUCAAUUGAAAUAACACUGGGUUUUAAUUAUAUCACAGGAAAAAAAAAAGUGCAUUUAAGUAUUGUUAUUGUGGACUUUAUAAAAGCAAAGGAAAUUGAAAAUAACUUUUGAUUCUGUAUCAAGAAUCAUAUUUUCAUACAGUCAUAACUGUCUCUGUGACCCUUUCAUAGGGCACUGCAGGAUGGAUUAAAGGUGGCAAUUUACUGAUAACUGCAGGUGUCUCUACUUUAUUCUAAAGUGUAAGUCAUGAGGUGAUUUGAUUUACUUUAUAGAAGUUGGAUUUUGAAGAUAUAAUGGAAAAAUUUUGAUACCUAGUAGUACAAAAAAAAGCACCAGCAACUGAUAAACUGCUUUUUUGUGCACUACCCAACUGGUUAAAGACGAUAUGAUCUUUUAUGGUAAACUCAGAAAUAAGUGUUCAUAAUGGAAACCUGGUAGACCCUUAACUGUAGUGGUGCUGCUCAGCACUGCUAUAAUAAAGCCACCAUUAUUUUUUAUGGAACAUCUGAAUACAUUUUAAAAAGGCUACUGUGAGGGCAUUAUUUUGAGGUGAUGUUUAAAAAGUUAACAUCAAAUCAAAUUGUAAAUUAGCUUAAAUAUAUUGCCUUAAGGACCUACUAAAGAAUGUGCCACCAAACUUUAAGUGAUGGCUGCAAUAUCCUUGUCUAAAACAAAUCAAUGUUGACUUCAGCAAUUUCUUUAACAGUUUUUUUUUUUUUUAAUCCGAACUUUCUCUUGCUUUUUUUCAUUGAGGAAGUCUUUUACCUUCCCUACUCACUGAGAAGUAUUGACUUCGUGGUACACAUUCUAAAGCAUUUCUGAUUUGAAUAUUUUUGUACAUUUUUAUCAAUUAUUAAAUCUUCUCUUCUAGUGUGUACUAGUAUUUAUUUCUACUGCUCAGCUCUUAAAAAAAAAUUGUAUGAUUCUUUAAAGGUUAAGAUACUAAACCCCUAAAAUUUUGCUUUAUCUAACCCACAUAGCUAAGUUACUUUCCUUUUUUAAUAUUUAAGAAUAUUAUAAAUCAUACAGGCCCCUGUAUUUGUUUUUGGUCUAUGAAUUUCCUACAGAAUACUUUAAGAAAGGCAGUGGUUUGAAGCUAGAAUACUUUUUACAUGCUAACUUUUGAAGGUUGGUAAUGUAAUUUAUACUAUUUUCCUUCAGUGCAGGAGAUUUUUUUUUAAGUAAAUAAAUUUCAGCACACAGUCUUUGGUAUUAUCUUAGGUAUUUUUUAUUUUGGGUACUUGGGGCAAUCCUGUUUCAGGUUGGGAUUUAGAAGAACAAAAAGUUCAUUUUCCCUUCACCAUUCUAAUGAAUUUGAAAGUGGGACAGACUGGGAUGACUUUUCCCAUCUCUGCCCUCUGUGUUUCAAUGAAAUCUAGUAUCUACUCCUGAAAGCCGCAGGGGAAGGCUGGGGGAGUCCUGAACUUUUCUCAAUGCCAAGUCAUAUUUUUGAUGUGAAAUACGACAUGACUUUAUAGAAAGUAAAAAUCACUAUCUUCAGAAAAUGCAAAGCCAGUUUCUUGCUUGAGGUCAGUCUCCUAUUGUAUAUUAGAACCACAACAUAUAACUUUAUCACAGGCAAGUUGCCUAGACUUAAUUUUCAGAGGCCCCUUUGUAAUAAUAGUUAAUAUUGCUUAUCAUGUCAAACACUUGACCUGGACAUCAAAGUAAAAUAUUGGCGGGAAUACUGGUGGCAUUUCACAGAAUUUAGAAUCUGUAAAAUUUUAAUUACUUCCAUGAAUCGUGAUUUUUUAAAGUACAACUUUUAAAAAGUUUUUAGUUUUCCUAUAUUAAGAAACUAUUGAUGUGAUUUAGCAUGUCCUCAAAUUAACUUUCUAUAUUAUAGAGAUACUGUCAUAUCACACCUUCAGAUUUCCAUAAGACAGUACAAACUCAAGUUUUCUUAUUGUUCCAACCAUGAAAAUUAUUUGACCUAAAAACAAAACUAAUGAGUUGUAAAGCAAAAUACAACAUGCUUUUUAUAAAGUAUGUAAUUGAAGUGACUGUAAUCCUGUAUUGAUCCCAUCAAAUGGCGUUAAGUUGCCAGAAAGAUCCUAUGGCCUGGGAUAUAGGUGAUGGGUAGAUUUUAUUAAAAUAAGUUAUGUGUGAAUAUCUUUAAUCCAUUUUAUUAGGUUUCUAAAUCUUCAGUCUAAUAAAGUUGAAAUGUCUUAGAAUAUGGUUUUAAUUAGAGCUGAACAGUUAUGUUCAAAAUGUGUUCAAACAGAAAGCAUGUUUAUAUUCAGAUAAAGGGAAUUUAUACUUUUCAGUUAAGCCUCAGACUUAACUAAAUGUUAAGGGCUUAUCUUCCCUCAUUAUCAUUAAUAUUAAUGAACUCUUGGAUUAAAUUCAGUAAUACAUUUAAUGUAAUGCUUAAUAAUCAAAAUCAGGACUUCAAAUAUUUGAUGUUUUUUAUUCCUUCCAAUAUAAAAUUCCAGUAUUUAAUUCCUAUGUGGAAAAAUUGAAUUGGUAUAAAAAGUUAAUGACAAAUGAAGAAUUCUUUGCACCUCUCCCAAGUGUAUUUAAACAACAUAAAACUUUUAAAUAAAAGCAGUGGUCCCAACAUUUUUAAUAUAGUGAUGCCAUUUCAUUAUCAUUACCCAAAGGAGCUUCAACCUAUAGAUCAUUCAUGUGUUUCAACAAUGAAAAUAAUUUUUAUGCCUCCAAGUAAAUCUGAAAAUGCUCAAAGUAUCACAGCCAUUUCAUCUUGAUUUUUGCUAACUGUGCCCCAUUUACAACAAUAGUAUGAAAGGGAUUGGCCUCUAGAGUAAAGCAGUCUUUUUAAUUCACAGUGGUAAGACUAUAAAACUUCUUAAAAUAUCUGUAUACAUUUCUCUGAAAAGAAUGUCCAUAGUUUUCAUUCAGUUACCAGGGGGCCUGCAUCCUGUGUUAAGAAUCAUUUGCCUAGGUGAUCCUGGUUUUCUUCCAGUGUUAAUGAUCAAUUGAGUGCUGACUAGGCAGCCACUUUUUUAUUUUUGCAUCCAGAUAGGGGUAACUCCUUUAUUUAAGGAUUAUUUAAAACUUGGAUACUAUUUGAGAGAGCUAAUCAAAUAGUACCCAGCAAAGAGUAAUGAAUGAAUUUUUAAAAAUGAGUUUAUAGGGUGUUCAUUAUGUAACUUAAAUGUAAAUUGCAAAGCUAAAAAACUAAAUAAACACUUCUAAAAGCAAAA